AUGAAUGCUCGCAGUCAUCAGUUCCAGCUAACUGUUGAUGAGUACCAAGUGCGAGAUGCUCUUUCUACUAUAUUUCACACAAUACUGCUGCAUAGAAGUUUACCUAAAAUAAAUUAUACUAGCGAAAUAAAUUUCCAACUUGGGUCUAUUGGAGUCGAAGAAAUAGAUUGUAGCAGCUUAAAUUUGAGCUAUGUACGUGUAAAUAGUCCGAAAUUGGUGACAUUUGUGCAGGAAGAAAUUGAUUCAUUUGUGCAGUGCAUACGGCAAGCUGUCGAAAAUGUUGCCGCACCCCGUUUUUACUCACCACCUCCAGUAUCGCUGCUCAGUCAUUAUGGUACACCACUUUUAAAUGCCAAGAUUGAUUUGGAAUUUUAUCAAAAAAGAAAGCGGUCUUGGCCUUUAUCAAACUACGACAUUCCAUGGGAAAUUUGGCAUAUGCAGCUCGGUGUUGUUAGAAUUAAGGAACGUGAGUACUGGGAGCGAAUGCGAGAAGAAGUUGCAGAUUCGGUCUCAGAAAUCGUGCUAAAAACAUGUUCACUAAUUAGUCGACCUCAGUACAUGCCGCAAAUGCCUGCACGUUCGGAAGUAAUGAGUAUCUUCAAUACAUCUUAUCUUGAAUGUCAGCCUUAUCUUUUUCGAGUUAUCAAGCAUCCUCUUAACUCUGGUCAGAAUACAGAAAGUACUUUAAUGACGAUCGGCGCAUCAGCAGUGAAAAAAAUGCUGAGAGACACUUUCUUGUCAUAA